CACAGCCCCCAAUGCGUUCUUUGCCUUUGCCAUUCCAUUCGACCCAGUGAUUGUGAGCAAUACAGUACAUGCAUCCCAUGCAACAGCACUUGCUGUGUUUCAGGGGCCAGGCUGGGGCUGCCCCCACGACAUUCUCGUCGAGAGAUCAUCCUCCAUGGGCUCUUUUUGCCGUUGCCUCCCGUCCCCUAGCCUAGUCAUCGAAGGGCUGGCCCUUACACGUACCCCACCUGGCAUUCAAGCAUCGGAUGAUGGGCUCGAAGUCAAGUGGCGCAUUGCCCUGGCCGACCAUCCCAUCUCCCUCCCCAAGAGGACUUCUCUGUUGAGUGCAAGCACGCGCCACCUGUCCUAGCUCCUUCCCUUAGCACCAGCUUUCGUUCUUUGUCGCGAACCAAUUUCUUUGUGUUCAAGUUGAACAAACGUACUGUCUAGUUCAUUCACUUCAUUCUCGUCACCUCUGGCUCACCUGUUGGUGGUAACGCAGCCAAGCCCUCGACCACGUCUAUAUAGCCACCGACACAGCCUGGCGCUACAGUCUUUUCCUCUGCCUCACAUCUUCUUUUCCACACGCAUCUCUGCCUACUUCAUUGCUCAGACAACCCAAGCAAGCAUCAGAAGCAUCUCGACUACACUGCAACCAUGUUGCCCUCUCCUCUUCUUCUUCUGGUUUCGACGCUCCUUGGCGGCGCCGCAGCGGCGCCUGCCACUGAUCUGUCGGCCCGACAGGCAGCUCCUCUGAUCAAGCAGAAGGUUCUGAUAGGCGGCGGUGGCACGAGCAACAUCACCAUUGCCCAGUUCAACGGCGCCACCUUCGAUAUCCUCAGCACAACCUCGAUCGGAGCCGGCAAGGCCCCGAGCUGGCUCGCCUUCAAGGAGCCCAACAUCGUGUACAGCGUCAACGAGAACGCUGCCGACCUCCAGAUGUUUAAGCUGGACCUCGCCUCCAACACUCUGGCACCUGCCGCUCUCCUGAACUCGUCCCGGGGUGUUGUGCACCUCGAGUUCAACAAGGACAAGACGCGCAUGGUCGGUUCGUCCUACACCCAAGGCGUCGUCGACGUAUGGGAGCUCGCGGCCGACGGCACCCCCACUGCCAAGACGAUCGGCAUCAAGACGAACGUGACGGUCAGCAGCCCCGACGUGGCAGACACUCUCGGACCGAACAAGGCCCGCCAGGCCGACGGCCCUCACGCCCACCAGUCGGUCCUCGACAACAGCGGCCGCUUCUUCUUCGUCAACGACCUCGGCCUCGACUCUAUCGUCAUGGUCGACUCUAAGGGCGACGACUUCAAGGUGGUGGGUCGCACCAAGGUGAACCCAGGCUGCGGACCGCGCCACGGAGUGUUUUACCCUCCGGGCGCCGCCAACGCCACCCACUACCUGGUCGUGUGCGAGCUCCUCAACACGGUCAUCGUGCACUCGGUCAACUUCAACACCACCAGCGGCGUCCCUGAGAUGAUUGCCACCCAGAUCGUGCCGACCUUUGGCGACAGCGCCCCGCCCGCCGCGGGCUCCAAGCCCCAGGCCGGCGAGAUCAUCGCGUCGGCAGACGGCAAGUCUAUCUAUGUCUCGAACCGCCUCGGCUUCGACACCAAUACGGCCACCUCGGCCGACACCCUCGUCCAGCUCAGGGCCUGCUUCAACGCGACCGACAGCACCCUCAAGCUCAGCUUCGGCCAGUCGGUGAGCAGUGAGGGCCGCUCCCCGCGCAUGAUCAGCCUCAGCACCGACAAGGAGCAGACGGUGCUCUACGGUACCAACCAGAGGGCUGGCACGGGGCUGGUUGCGUUCCAGCGCGACGCCGCCGGCAGCUUGAGUGCCGUCCAGGGAUCCAAGGUCGCGUACGAUAAGUUCGCCACCUCCCCCGAUCAGAAAGAGGACUUUGGUCCCCAGUUCGUCAUUGGCCUGCCGAACUCGGCCUAAGCCUUGACGUGUCCGUUCCCAUCUCAGGCUCGAUAUGAGGGCCGGCCCGCGUGCUCGAGAGUUUUUUCCCUAGUCCAUCACGUUUGUAUAAUACCACCGAGAUAUCCUGUUUUGAGCUUUCUUUAUCCCUUUUCACCCAGGCGUGCUUGUAUAGACUAUACCUUACCUAUUUGAUACGGCGACAAUGCCAUGAUGAAGAUACUAUUGGAUAACUAAAUCAGUGUUGCCAUAAUGCACUACCAGACUGUAACCGG